UGAAUGUGUGUGUGAAAGAGCGUGAAUGUGUACUUGGUGACCCGUUGGACGCGGGGGAGUUUUAAACUGUCGACAGCUACUGGGAAAGGCUGAACGGCAGAGGCACCGUGGUUGCUCCUUAUUGGAUUCUGGUCGGUGAUACUGUUGGCAUGUCGGAUUGUCAGAAGACUAAGUCUCGAGACAUCCCCACCCGCAGGGUGAUUCUUCAUGACGCAGCGCUGCUCCCGCAGGAUUACAGCAUCACUCCAGGGGGGACGUUAUACAGUACCACCCCAGGAGGUACCAGACUGAUAUAUGACCGCAAGUUCUUGAUGGAGUGCCGUAACUCGCCUCUCACCAGAACUCCACCCCGUGACCUUCCUAACAUUCCAGGUGUAACCACUCCAAACAAUGAUGAGGCCAAAACAGAAGUCAACCAUGUGGAGAAACAAGAUGAAAAGUCAUGCGUUGGGGAUGAGUCUCAGUUUGAGAUGGAUAUUUGAGAAGUCCCCUACUGCAUGGCCGUGCCAGUUCUGAAGAGGACCCAGCAUUGUGAUUGAGCACUAGCCAAGGUGUCUAGGUUAAUUUAGCCCAUGCUUCUUCGCUGCCAGCUCUUUGUUCACAUGGAAAAGGGCAGCUUGUUUUCUUCUGCUGCCAAAAUUAGAGCUUGCUUCUCAAAAUGCAAAGACACUGCAAAUUUUUGGAGUGUAACAUAGAAGAUUCCUACUGGCGGUGGACAGCUUUAUAAGCAGAGGAAAAUGCUCUCCAUUGAUCAUGUUUGAUUUUAUUUUUUGUUAAAUUUUUUUUUUAAUUUCUUUUAAGGUUGAAGGCAGCAUUGUAAGAGGUAUAGAAUUGUAAUAAGAGGUUAAUUUUUUUAAUUGUCAUCCUUAAAAACUUUUAAGCUUGUUAACUGGUGACAAACUCGAAGAGUGAAUGGCUGGAUGAGGAACUUGAAAGAUGCAAUACAGAUCCUGUAGAAUGUGCAGGCACUUAAUUUCACUUCACUACGAUUAAAACAUGUUUUCAUUGCAAAA